GCAAAGACAAACAAAAAUUAUUUACUGCCAGAUGCAAACGACCGACUUGCAGUUGCAUGCUCUUCUUUAGUUGGCUUUUUUAUACACAGUAUAUUGUCCCCUGAUUAUUCCAUAACCAUCAUAUUGGAGUCUAACUUGCUGCUCGUUUAAUCUUCAGAUUCGUUGGUUCCACAUCCGAGGAGUAUCGUGGAGACUCUGACUCAUCGCGCGGAGGUCUUUAGUAAACAGUACCAGUCCGUGAUUCGGUGUGCGUCUCCUACCGAUCCUUACUAGGCUUCUGGCUCUCCUAUCCCCACUGCUGUUCACCGUGCGCAACAUGGCUGCAGCAGGCAUUCCAAGCGGUCAGGAUCCGUCGGCGCGGCUGGUGCUGGCCGGGAACGUCGUGGUGUCCUCGGAACCCUGGGUCUGGUCCUUCAAUUAUAACGCUCAUUCCGUCCUCUGUGCGCAGUGUUUUACCGAGAUCAAGAAUUUGCGCACAUGUUCCGGGUGUAAACUGUACCGCUAUUGCAAUACGGAAUGCCAGUCAGUCAACUGGAAGAAAGAGCACAAACUUGAAUGCGCCCUGUUGAAGACCAUCCACGAGCAACUGCAGCCGUUCAUUGCCAAAGGGGUGUUCAAUCAUGACUGCUCGCUGGGCGGUUGCUACAUGUUUGGAUGCUGCGCUGGAGAAAUUCUCGUGGCCAAAGUUCUCAACAAAAUCAUGCAAGGUAUAAAAGAAGAGGUUUCCGGUUACACCGGAAAUGUCACCGACCAGCAAGUCUUGGAUGCGCUGUCGCUCCAGCCAACGUAUCCGCGUCAAGCAAACAUAUUCGAGCGUCUCAAUCACCAGGUGUGCGCCGCCAUCUGGCCGUCGGCCGUCAUCAGCCGGAUUCCACAGUUCGAAGUCUUGGUGCAGAAGCUGAUGUACAACGCUUUACCCAUCCUAAAUCAGCGCGGCAAAUUCAAACUGCAGAUGAUGGGCAUCUUCCCGCAGGCGCUGCAGCGCGCCAUGACCCCGGUCUGUCUGGACAUCAACGUCACCAUGGACCUCCAGGGACGCACGUUGGUGGUGCGGGCGGUUAAGGAUAUUCACUACACCGGAUUGAAAGACCUGCGCCAAAAUGAAGAAGUUCACAAGAGCUUCUACGUGGCACUGAAAGAACGACAGGGAGAUUUCGAAAGAUUUUACGGGUUUUCGUGUGCCUGUGGGAAGUGCAAUGAUAAAUACGAAGCGGAAAUUAAUCCCUUGCGAUGCUGUACUGUGGGAUGUCCGGCGCGUAUACCCAGCGACGUGCGCGCCCUACAGCCCUGUCCAGAAUGCGGCGCUGACAAUGUGCCGCAGUUGCUGAAGCUGAAGGCCGUCAUGGCGGCGCAUGAUCAGAUGGGCGAUUCGGAUCCGGACCAGUGUUUCCAGGAAAUGGCACAGUCGCUGGCCUGGGUCAAAGAGCUGGAUACGGUCGUCCAUCCGGAUGCGCAUCUGCGCUUUACCUGCGGCUAUGAUAUCGCGGAUUUCAUGCAGGCCACCAUGCGGUACGAGGAAGCUUGGAAUCUUGUCGGUGGGAUGAUAGACUGCGUACGUGCCAUGUAUCCGCUGUAUCAUCUCGGUCGUGCUCGCUACUUGGUGAAGUCCGCUGCGAUUCCGUACCUGUGGAAGCGUGUCGUUGAGAAGAAGGACAAACAACGGCUGGCACCGGUGCUCCGGGAGGCCCUACCCAAAGCGCUGGGAUGGUUGCGGGAGGCGGAGGAUAUCUACCGGAAAGUUAGCGGUGAGGAUUCGGUGUGGGCGCAGGCGGUGGUCGAUUUCAUCCGCAUCCAUGCGCCGGCAGAGGUCAGCACGACGGAAAAUACAGUGAAACCAGCACGGAAGGCUAACUGGAACUGGGGCAGUUGGGAAGCGGUGUUUCGAUGGUAGAGAGGAAUUCUGCGGAAUUGUUGGCGUGUUUUGGAAUGGUCAAGGCUUCGCGUUGCAGUCGGUUGCAUGAGAUAUUUUGUUAAAUGGAUUUCGCUGCUGGCCGCGCUAAUUAGGAUAGUUUAUUGUUAACUCUUAUUUUUUUAUCAUUUGUUGCAUUUUAUUAGCCGUUGUACCGAUAUCGGCGGUACGGACGCAGCAUUUGGCGGAAUUGUUGACGAUGGUACUGUGUCGGCCUACUGCGGCGCUAGAGUUCCGAAUUCUCUACAGAACUGGCUGUAUAGCGUAGACAGUUUUUGUUUUGAAGGCAAUAUAGAAAGAUCUGCGCAUGUUGUGUGUGUGUUAGAAGUGGUAUUCUGGGGUCGUUUGAUGUUUUCAAUCAGUUUUAAUACAGAAUUUCCUUGUUUGGAAUUAUG